AAGUACCCAUACUCGCGUCUACAACAUAUCGGCUUCUUCAUCCUAUUCUUCUUCCCGGCACUGGCUCUGGUUGUCUUUGCGCUUCGAAUCUACGGACGAUUCUCAACUAAGCAAUAUGGAUACGACGAUUUACUCAUCACUAUAGCAAUGGCUCUAUCCAUCACGGAAACUGGUUGUUCGUGGAAGUCUAUGCGCACAGCCUUUCUUGGCGUCCAUCUUCGCGAUAUUCCUCCUCAAGCCGACGUAGUCCUCGGACAGCAGUGGAACUUUAUCAUCCAGAUACUCUACAACCCCAUCUUGGCCAUCGUCAAGACAUCGGUGCUCCUGUUCCUCCUGCGGCUCGGCGGGCAGAAAAAAGAGGUCCGAUACGCCAUCUACAGCCUGCUCGCCUUCAACCUGGCCCUCAUGGUCGCCAUCUUCAUCUGCGCCAUCUUCCAGUGCUCUCCCGUCUCGUAUUUCUGGAUGCGGGCGUCGCCCAACCCUCCCGAUGGGACCUGUUUCGAUACCAGCGCCUUUUAUAUUGCCACGGGAGCCCUGACAAUCUUGACCGACAUACUGGCGCUUAUUUUGCCGUUCUGGAUCUUCCUAGGUCUCAAGUUGCCCCUUAAGGUCCGAGCUGCCAUCAUUGGCGUGUUUGCUCUCGGUGCUGUUGUCACCGUUAUGAGUAUUCUUCGUCUUGCAUGGAUUAUCGAGACAUCGUAUUUCAUGGAUCCAACUUCCCCUGACUUUGACCCGACCUACGAUAUCCGCUUCACCUACUCGGCCGUCGAGACCAAUCUAGCCAUCAUCACGGCCUCAGCUCCCGCGUUGCGACCUCUGUUCCUCAAGUGGUUCCCCAGAUUCUUCUCGGCACUCAAGUCGUCCGGCCAAAAGUACUCGAAUGAUCAAUACGGUCGAUCGUCGGGUACGAAACGCUCGCGCAACGGAACUGCAGUUCGAAGCAACCACCGAAACGGGCCGUUCCCGCUCAAGGACAUCAAGGGCCGCUCCGAGAUUCGAAGCCACUCGCCAACCAAUUCCGAGGAGGAGAUCAUGACGUACAACGGCAUCCUCAAGACGUCCGAGGUUGCGGUGCACUACGGCAACAGGUCUGGCAAAGAGGGAGACAACAUGCGAGGCGCGAACGACAAUUUCGGCUCCGGGUCUGCGGUUUCCGAGUCAAGUAGCAGUGAGAUUAUGGGACCUGAAAGAGGCCGCUUUUAGGAUUUGGAUACGCUGUCUCGGGAUAGGAGAAGCCGG